UAACCAGCACUCACUACGAUGCCUGAACCCGCAAAGUCUGCGCCCAAAAAGGGCUCCAAGAAAGCCGUCACCAAGACGGCAGGAAAAGGAGGAAAGAAGAAGAGAAAGACCAGGAAGGAGAGCUACGCCAUCUACGUGUACAAGGUUCUCAAGCAGGUCCAUCCCGACACCGGAAUCUCUUCUAAGGCCAUGAGCAUCAUGAACUCCUUCGUCAACGACAUCUUCGAGCGUAUCGCCGCCGAGGCGUCUCGUCUGGCCCACUACAACAAGCGCUCCACCAUCACCUCCAGGGAGAUCCAGACCGCCGUCCGCCUCCUGCUGCCCGGUGAGCUGGCCAAGCACGCCGUGUCAGAGGGAACCAAGGCUGUCACUAAGUACACGAGCUCCAAGUAAACUUUAGUUUACCGACAACAAAGGCCCUUUUCAGGGCCACCCACUUUUAACUUGGGAGCAGAUGAAAUGCUUUGUUUACUGUGUAUGCAGUAACAAAUUUAUGCUGGAGAAGCAUGGUUUUGUCCAGCAGAUGGCCUGCGCUGGGUAUUUCUCUUGAACCGUCAAGCCACCUCCUGUAACUAGUAGUGGGUGACUGAUAUGUAAUGUCAAUGUGAUAAAACAACUGAAUGUAUUUGUAGUGACGUGUAAUAACUCAAAUUCAUAU